AUGCGAUACUACCCCAACGGCCUCGACGACGGCUGCGCCGACUCCAUCUCCCUCUUCGUCGACGUCGCCGGCGGCGGCGGCUGCGGCCGGAGCGGCAUCGCCGGCCAUGCCCGGUUCAGCGUGCUCGACCACGCCGGCUCGCCGGCGCGCCGCACCGACGACGCCUCGUCGGAGGUGGUGGAUUUCAGGACGCACUUCUCCGGCCAGAGGAGCCUCAUCACGAGGGACGAGCUCGAGAGGUCGCCGGACAUCCUCAGGGACGACCGCUUCGCCGCUCUCGCCGCCGGCGCCGACGCUGGCGUCGUCGUGCCGCCGUCCGACCUGCACCGGCACCUCGCUGAGCUCCUCUGGAGCAAGGAAGGCGCCGACGUCGUCAUCGAGCUAGACGGCGGCGACGGCGAGACGACGACGUUCCACGCGCACCGGUGGGUGCUCGCGGCGAGGUCACCCGUACUCAAGGCCAAGCUCUCCGCCUCGCCGUCGUCGCCGGCGACGCUGCGGCUCGCCGCCAUGGACGCCGACGCGUUCAGGGCGCUGCUCCACUUCAUCUACACCGACACGCUGCCCGACGACGACGACGAUGACGACGCCAUGGCGCGGCGGCUGCUCGCCGCGGCGGACGCGUACGGGAUGGAGAGGCUGAGGCUGAUCUGCGAGGACAGGCUGCGCCGCCGCGUCGCCAUGGGCAACGUCGCCGUGACGCUGGCGCUGGCGGAGCAGCACCAUUGCCGCGCGCUCAAGGAGGCUUGCGUCGAGUUCUUGUCUUCUCCGGGCAACCUCAAGGCGGCCAUGGCUACCGAUGGCUUCGAGCAUCUGAAGGCAACAUGUCCUUCAGUUUUGACUGAACUCGUCAUGAAACAAUUAGUUUAGCUAGAUUUUUAAUUAGUGGGUAUUAAGUCAAACUAGUUUCUGCAAAAUUGGUCAUUAGUGUUAGUGUCAAAGUAAUCUCACCGAGUCAUUGUGUUUAUUAUAGAAAAUGCAUGGCCGAGUUUUCUUUCUCAUAUGUAAUCUCUGUCAAUCCAAAUUAAAUUCUUUCCCAGGUCGUCAAAAGUUUUCUAAUUGAUAUUUUUGUUUGGUCGAGUUUAGU